AAACCCAAAAAGUAGAGUCCAAAUCUCAACUUCCUACCUUCUCGGUUCUGACACACCAUACCCCAAAAGGGUGACUGACUUCUACCACCAUCUCGCCGGUCAGAUGCGCGUCUUUUCCAUCUCGCCUUAGUCUCGUCAUCAGUCACACGUCUGUUCCAACUCUCCGUUGACUCUUGUCGUCGGUGUCGCCACCGCGCCUCAUCCCAGUUUCAGAUCGAUCGAUUAAUUCAAACAAAAUUCAAGAUUGAUUGAAUCUCAGCAAUAGCAGCGAGUGCAAAUCUAAAGAAAUGGGGCUUCUCAGCAUCAUUCGCAAAAUCAAGAGGAAAGAGAAAGAGAUGCGAAUUCUAAUGGUUGGGCUCGACAAUUCUGGAAAAACAACCAUUGUUCUCAAAAUCAAUGGUGAAGACACUAGCGUUAUCAGUCCCACUUUGGGUUUCAAUAUCAAGACCAUCUCCUACCAAAAGUAUACUCUGAAUAUAUGGGAUGUGGGUGGCCAGAAAACAAUAAGGGCCUAUUGGAGGAACUACUUUGAGCAGACAGAUGGUUUGAUUUGGGUAGUUGACAGUUCGGAUCUUAGACGACUGGAUGACUGCAAGAACGAGCUGCACAAUCUGCUGAAAGAAGAGAGGCUAUCAGGAGCAUCUUUAUUGAUAUUUGCGAAUAAGCAGGAUAUAGAAGGUGCUCUCUCACCUGCUGAAAUUACCAAGGUACUGAACUUGGAAGCCCUUGAUAAGACAAGACACUGGAAAAUUGUAGGUUGCAGCGCAUAUACUGGAGACGGGUUACUCGAGGGAUUCGAUUGGUUGGUUCAGGAUAUUGCUUCUAGGAUCUAUGUGCUUGACUGAUUCUAGUAUCUGCUUAAUUGAUCAGUAGUAGACAAGCACAAAUUUAUAGUUUUGACAGUCCAGAUUUAUUGCUCUUUUGCACAUAUUUGUUGUGUGGUCUACUGAUUGAUGUUUGUGUAAAUGAUUAUACUGGUUUUUGUACUAAAAAUGACUUCGAGGUCUUCAACUCUA